CUUGAAUUAAUUUGUGGCUCAGCACUUAGGCAUAGAACUUUCAAUUUAUGUUUUCUAGAACCCUUUAGUAGCUUGCCAAGACCUGUUUAUUGCAUGCCAUAAUAAACACAGCCCGUGAUUCAGUAGCGUACUAAUGCAUGAAAUUCUCGAGACAGAUCAUGUGGAUGAGAGUGACGACGAAGGUGCAGUGUAUAAGUAUUAUACUGCUAAAGCAUCAACGAAAAAGGAGAGAAAACAGAGCGGGAAGGUCAAGAUGGAAAUUAAAUAUGUUGUCCAAUUUUGUCGAGUUCAUAGAGAAGCAAAAGUGUGUUCGUCGGGAAGAUCUUGCUGCAGAAUUCAAGAUGUGAACUUAGGAGUUUAUCAAUUGAAUCACCACCUUGGAAAGCAUGGGGCUGCAGGUUAAUGAAGGAAGUUGAACUUUGUUGCUUGAAUGGGUGUAAGGAGCAGAACAGUGGAGGAAACUCUAGAUUGUUGAUAGCAUCGUAUUUGCACGUGUUUUCACCCUGGUUUCCUGUCCAUUUUGGCUCGAAUUGAUUGUUCAUUGGCCUAUUUUACGCUAGGUUGUGUUCCUUUGUCACAUUUCAGGUCCUAGCACAUAAAGUGAAGCAUAGGCGCAAGUUUCAAGUCAAUCAGAGAUCAAUUGACGAUUCGGGAGAAGAAACUCGGGUAUGACCUGAAGAAGAAUGGAUUUCUACCUCACUUUAUGGACAAAUAAUCAUGCAAGCUUGUCAUGAAAAGAAAGAGGACGAGACUACGAGCGUCUGGGUUCAAACGGCGACUGAUUUGGAGUCCGGAUGAGGGAGAAACGAAGCUUUGAACAGGAGCGCAGACAAAAUUACGGGCAGCCCCUGCCAAAUUACGGCCGUAAUUGGCCAGGGCAUGCCCGUAAUUUAUUGGCCGAGCCUUCUACCCAGAAUUCACUCGCGGUGAUAAAAUUACGGGCAAGAUCCCAAGAAUUACGGCCGUAAUUCCCAAAUUACUGGCGGUAAUUUGUAAAUUACGGGCGUAUCUCCUCCCCCUGUAGCCUAAGUGAAACGUGCGUUUUGGUGUGAAUUACGGGCAGGACGUGAUUACGGCCGUAAUUCUGCCCGUAAUUCGCCUAGAGUCGGGUUUUUGGAGGCAGAUUCGAGCCAAGGAAAGAGAAUUCGAUUUUCUGGGCAAAAAAACAGAGUUUUAGAGAGAGAAAGAGCGAAGAACAAACCCUAGGAGCUAUUUUGGAGUGGAUUUCUCAUCAUUGAAGCCCAGAUUGCGUCCCUAGGAGUGAAGAUUGACAUCCCAGAGCAGAUUUUCCUCAUCUUUAUGAGUAUGACUACUCUGAUUUCUGUUUUCUCUUCUCUCUCUAUGGAGUAGAACCUUUCUCUCACUUGGGUAUGAAGAACCCUAGUUCCUUGUGUUAGUGAUUUGAUUGUAAUGAUUUGGGAUGAUGUUACUGUUUGAUUUUAAUCGAAUGAUGCAUGUUUAUUGAAUUGAUUUGAG